AUGUUGGGGACAUACAACGGUGAAAAUAAACUUGAAUCAGACGGUAAAGACAACUCUAUAUGUCAUAUAUGUAGCGACGUGGCUACCGGUAGGCAUUAUGGAGCAAUUGCGUGUAAUGGAUGCAAAGGGUUUUUCCGGAGGACAGUGAGAAGGAACUAUGAUUAUCACUGCAGAUUUGAAUCGAAAUGUGAAAUUGACAAACAUAACAGAGCAGUUUGUCGGUACUGCAGAUUCAUGAAAUGUAUUGCAUCUGGAAUGCGUGAUGACCAAGUUCAAAGUGAAAGAGAUGUAAUCGGAAAACGGGAGAAAAAAGACAACGUGAGAAGCCAUCAACAAGAAGCAACACCACGAACAUCUCCUGAAUUAGCGUUGUCACCCAACCCCGAUGAGUUUGAAGAACUUCUGGAGAAUCUUCUGAAGUCUGAAUUGACAAUACAAAGUCUCCGAGACACAGUGAUCACUCAAACCGGAAAUGUGGAAUACACCACGAAGUCCAAGAAUAGACUUGCGAAUGCAGAUAGCACAGCAACACUGAACGAUGUUCUCAAAUCCAUGCACAGUCAAUUGUUAUUGGUCAUCGAAUGGGCAAAAACACUUCCAGAAUUCACGCAACUCUCUAGCGCUGAUCAGGCAAUUCUUCUCAAGAAUUUCGCUGGUCAACACGUGACCUUAUGCGUGGCUUAUCGUUCUGUUGGUGCCGCUGACGCGUUGAAACUACUAAAUGAUCUUUACAUCCCAAGAGCUUCAAAAACAAAUCCACACGUCAAAGAAUAUGUCGAUGGAUUUUACCUUCGAGACUGUGAGAAAGUCAUGGACCAGUUGGUAGAACCAAUGCGGUUUUUAAAACUUGACAACAAGGAGUUUGUUGCUCUGAAAGCGUGUGUAUUUUUCAAUCCAGUGGCGCCAGGACUAUCAAAUCAUGCAGUAAAUCUAGUAUUAAAUGCCCGGAGGAAGAUAUUUACUGCUUUUGAAAGAUACAUCAGAACAAACAAGCCAAUGGAAUUAACACGUGUUGGAGAUUUGACGUUUUUCAUUCUUACACCACUUUCAGUACUUUCAAAAUCAAUUUCGGAAGAUAUUAUGUUCACUAAAGUGAGUGGUGUCGCCAGAAUAGACGUUUUGAUGGAGGAACUAAUACUAGCCGAGACUGAUUAUGUGGAAGAUAGACAUGGCAGUCAGGAUAUGUGUGGACAGUGUGAUGAUAUUCUCCGCACUUCCACUUCUAGUAAUUCACCUACAAACUCAAGUUUGACGGCUGGUCUCUUGCUGAAAACGGAUGACGUGAUGAUGUCGGGUAUCGGAGCACAAUACUCAACACCACAACCUCACACACCGCAGUUUGCUGAUUCGUCUCACUUGAACAUCCCAUACUCUUACUCAUCUGGAUACAAUCAAUACUCUAACGGAUAUUCUUGA